CAGGGGUGGGCGUACCCGACCGCAGUGGGUACCGGGUGGCGAGGCUGUGACGCCCUGUGUCGCGCCUCCACUGCCGGCACGGGGUCCAUCGCGUCGGAUUGCUGGGGCUACGGUAUCCAGCUCAGCAACGGAGAAUGUUACAUGAUGGCCGCCGGCUGCACCGGCAGUUUUCACAGUGUCAAAAACUGGAGAAUGUACAGCUUGACGAGAAACAAGGCCUCCUGCAUAGAGGCCGCCAAAGUGCCCGCGGUCGAUCCCAGCCGGUGCGCGGUUACGUACGCCGGCCACUGUGUUCCCGGGGGGGCUUACGCGUCGGAACCCCUCUACAAGGAAGCGGCAGGAACCGACACCGCCGCUACCAUCGUCAUCAGCUUGUAUGAGGACCGGGCGUACAAUCUGAACGAGUGCCGCUACUUGUGUGCGAACACGGACGGGUGCGUGUCGUUCUUUCUGCAAAAAGCCGUCACGAACUCGGUGCGAUUUUGCUACUUGAUGCGAGCGGGGUGCGGGACGAGCACAACCGACACUAGUUGGGAAGGAUACGACAUCAGCAGUUGUGCGCUAGAGGCGUCGACCAGCACCACGACAACUACAACAACCACGACCACGCCCGCAAAGGAGCGUCUUCUUCUCGAUUGCGGGGUCAGCCCCGCGGAAGCGGCAGCGGCCAUCGAGAGCGCCGGCGCGGCGACCGUGGAAAUUUUUCGGCGCCGGGGCCUGCACGUGACGACGGUUGGGGGCAGCCAGUUCGACGGCGAGGUCCCCGUCGAGUUUGCGGACGACGCGGGCCGGUUCGGCAGCUGCGUGUUGAUGGCCCCCUUGGCCGAGUUGGGUAUCACGCUCGACUGGGAGGCCCAGCGCUGGGGGUACCCCAAGGGCGGCGUGCUGGUGCAGGCGUUUCGGCCCCCGGAUUUUCAGACCCCUGUAGCCGCCAUGGACUGGCUGGAGUACGCCCCAGCGGGGGCCCGCCGCGUGAACAAGUACAAUGUUUUAUUACAAUGAAAAAUGCCCCCGCCCCGGAACUCGUAAGUUCUCGUGCAAAGUUUCCAAAGGAAAGCUUUUUGAUUUUGGCGUGCAUGAAAGGACUACGAGCCUUUCUGAUGGAGAAUCUUCUGGAUUCGCAAGGUAUCUUUUGCAUAUACAGAUCCGCUUGCCAUUGGGCUCCUUUCCAAAACAGGUUUGAGCUACUCAGCAUGGAAAAUUUGUGAUACUGAUAUAUCUAUGCAAUAGCAAGACGGGGAGUGUUUCCAUUGGAAAGGUUUGCAAUACAAAUGGCCGCAAGUUCUGUGGUGGGGGCAUUGUUCACUGUAAUAUGUUUCGCGCCACGUUUUUACGGCGGACGGCAAAGCGGUUGUGACCGGGAACCGCACCUGUAGUGCCGCGGCUUCGGCGGGGGAGCAAGAAAAGUGCGCCGCGGUGAUAUGGCAGGGUCAGGCUGGAAAUGAAUCAAAAAAGUUGAAAUAAUUUACGACGGUGCGGGUCGGAACAAGCACCCACCGCCGAUGUCUAAGCGGCGCAUGACAAUAAAUUUUUGCAGCAACGAAACCCAACUCGCCGCCCUGUUCGGGCAAAAAUAAGAAAACCACUCUAUAGUCUGUCGUGCUACUUCAGCAGCUCUAUCUCUACCAACCCCAAAGAGAAAGAAACGCUUUUUUUUUAGUUGCAAUCGCUCUCCCGUGCCUGCGUUCUCGUACAGGCGACGUUGUUCGCCUUUGCAUUUCAUAUUUAUGCAGUGUAAAGAACCUAAACCACUUGCAUAUAUUUCAAUUCUGCAGAUUUCAUGCAAUGCGCUGGCUUCCAUAGAUGAACGCGAGUGCGUACUCGGCCGCCGGCAAUGUGUACGGCUGGGAAGUGAACAUGCCGGUGCCGGAACGCAAGGACAGCACGAAAGCGCGCCAGCUCCUCCUCCGUUUGCGCCUUGGGGACGUACUCACGUUUUCGUACCGCCUGGGCAGCGGGGGCGGGCACCAGCUCAGCAUCCACGACCUGGCGGUCACCGCGAAGUAUCACGUGGCCGCGACCUUGACCGAGCGGGCGGAGGACCGGGCGACCUUUCCCUGGGUAUUCCAGGACCGGUUUGAGUCCUGCGACGUCACCUGCCGGGACCUGGGGCGGCGGUGCAUUGCAGAGGAAAUGAUGAAGGUGGAUUCCUUGGACAAAGUGAACGAGAUCCUGUUCGCGACCGCCGGCCUCAACUGCACUUCUGGUGCCGGGCGUGCGUACGCAAAUACUCCGUGUCUGAAUUUGGCGGCAGGAUAUGAAGGGAUGUGCUUCUACCGGGAUUCUUCGCACAGCUUGCAUGCAAUUGACCCAGCCGUCGGCUCGACAUGUUGGGCCCAAGCCCCAUAUGACUCCCGCCUGACUUUGUGCUAUUGCCAAAGAUUGGCUGUGCCUCGCGAGGCAACGCAGGUCCAGCUUUUCAAGUCUUUCCACAAAAAUUGGGUACUGGCUGCGCGGAAAGACUCCUGCAACACCGCCUGUCUGAAGAGCGGCAACCGGGUGUGCAAUAGCGAGAUGCAAUCACAAGUAAACACGCAAGACCGCUUCCAGAGGGCCGUGCAACUUGCUACCGGCAUCCCGGAGUUUGCCUGCCCCACGGGUCCGUUAGGACACUUGCCGGACGUUCGUCUCGCUGCGCAUACUGGCGUGCCAAUGAUCGGCAUCGGACGAGCCAACGGAGGGCAGCACUAUGGAAAGUGUUUCGUCUACUCGGGCCCGCAUUCCUACAACACAGGGCACUCCUCGCAGGGCGCCGCUACCGAGGGGGAGAUAUGGCGUUCUCAAAUGUUACAUUCUCAACUAUUACAUAAAUUCGUAAUGCAAGAAUGGCAAAAGUGAAAGGAAGGGGGAAGGUUGCGCCUUUUGCAUUACAGGUUUGGAGCUGAUUGCAAUGCUAUCUAGUGCGUCGAGAGCUUGUCACGCGGAGAAGGCUUGGACUUGUGAAAAGUGACAGGGUUUUGCAUGGCCAACCAUGUAACAGCUGAGAGCGAUCGCUUGAGAGCCCGUGAUAGAGUUUUGCAUGGCCAACCAUGUAACGGCUGAGAGUGUAUCGCUUGAGAACCCCAUAGGAAAAGACCCCGGGGUACAGCAGUUGCCGGUCCAGUGCUGUCCUCGAUGAUUGGGGUAGACACCUCUGCUAUUGUAUGCAUUGCAAUACGAAUAUAUGCCUGGGCGUGGGCCUGGAAAAAUGCAGAUGAUAUGAGUUGCCCCGUUGUUUUUGGAUCUGCCAGAAGGUAUGGAAUGCAUGCAGAGCGUGGCAAGAACAGGCUCCGUGCUCGUGCCGGGGACUUGCACUCCCUGCCUUGGAGUAAUUUGCAUGAGAAAUUCUAGCCUUUCCACCGAGAGUGACGGAGAUUAGAGCUGCGCAUCGACUUCUGCUGACUAUGCGCGACAGGAGGAGACGCUUCGCUUUUCCAAAAUUUCUUGCAUGACAUCACGUUUGCUGCAUCCUGCUUCCAGAGGACCCACACAUAAUUCAUGUUCGCAAUGCAUAUGCGGCGAGAACCUGGAAGAAUCCUACCUGCGAGCGCGCAACUACCAUCGGAACCUUCUGAAGAACGAACCCUAUGAAAGCACGCGGGACUGGCGCGACUCCUCGCCGGUGGUGUCACGAGGCCGCGCGUCCAAGUGGAUUCUGGGGGGGGCCGGGCGGUCCUGCUACCAAACGUGUCGCGACGAGGGGCCGGGCCUCUUCUGCGACACCGACGAGCGCAUGGCACUAGACGGGGACGCCCGGCUUCGUGCGGUGCUGAAGGGGCCUGAUAUAAACCGGCCGGACCUGUGCGACUCGUCCUGGACCGUUGUCGGAAAGCCAGACGGCGGGGUUCCUUCCGUUGACCCAACCACGAAAGAAUGUUACUUCGUGUAUGCAUUGCAAAUACGUGUCGUGGGUCGGCAAAUUUGCGCUGCUCCUGAUAUUGGUGGCAAUUAUUCUCAGGCCUGCAUGUACGGAAUAGAAUAAACAGCAUGUUGACAAGUUUAGCUUGUCAUGCUCUGGCUUCAGCCUUAGGAGUAGGACGAAUGAAUUCGCAAGAAGCUGGGGGCACAUGAUAUCCUCAAUCUUCCGGAAUUAGCACGACAGAAAAAAGCUAGCGACUCUUGCUCCUCGCAUUCAUGAAUCACGGAUCUUGUUGUCUUCGAACUCAUGCAUGACAAAGUCCACCGGGGGACACAGACAAUAACAAAUUUGCAAUGCAUAUCGUUGCAGGGAAUGCAAGUGCGACGGCUGGCGAAAAGGUCUGGACAACCCCCGCAAACUGCUACGCUAUUCCCAGUAUCAAACUCAAGAAUGUCUUUUUCUGGGUCUGGAGGAGAUAAACAGAUGACACUUGUUGUCGUUCAGUUUUUGCAUCUACUGCAAAGUAGUGCAAAGCGAUGAGGUCUGAAAUUAUACAAACGGAGACUGUGGUGGUGGUCAAACUCUGUCAACACGUCCUCUCCAGACCUAGUCUGCAUGAGAGAUGGCGCUCUCCCCCGAAGACAAAAACCGUGUUUCUUUUGCUGACCACUACGCAUUCAAUUUUUACAGAGAUUUGAUUCAUUCGCUUUACCUGUUCCAGAAAUGAAUCCGCAUGACAGGUUCCUCGCAGCCUUCCAGAGCCGGACAUAUUUGUAAUGCAUACCCAGAGUUGCAACGUCCCCCCGGCUGCCAGUUUGCUUCUGCAGGAUCCCGCGUCUCAGCGACACUUCCUACGCCGUUCCCGACCGCGCAUUCCUGUUGCGCUCCAAUGAUCCGCACUGGGUGUUGUCGGAUCCGGGGGAAACCUGCGUGGUCACCUGUGCUAAGUCCAACCGCCGCAUGUGUGAUCCCACGAAACAAUAUGCAUUGCAAAAGUACCGGCAUUGUACUAGUUAUAAAACAAAUGAAAUUUUAUUUUUUUAGAGAGAAACAAAUUUGUCACGCUACUGCGAUUAGUGCAAGCGCGAUACUUUUGCAGAGGAUAUAUAAACCGCCCUGUCGCAUGUCAGCAAAGUUCUGGACGCGGUCGCCAGCGCGCUCGGGUUGAUAUCGAAUGUAAACAUAUCUGGUCGGGGCGAGUGGUCAUGUGUGUCAUGCAUCUUUUGCAUGAUCACACAAUUUGCUUGGAAUGCGCCCAAAAGCAUUUCCAGGCUUUGCGGGCGAGGCUUUGAGAUGUCUUCUAUCCCGGAUUAGCAGCUUGCUCUUUGCGUGGCAAGAAAUGGAAACAUUGUGGCGCUCAACAUGCAAGAUUUCGAUUAUAGAUUUUUGCGUGGUCUGGACUUAGCAUCUACUCAGGUUAACAUCCUUUCAGACCAAGACGCAUUUACGUACAAACUUAAGUCAUUCUCUUCCUUGUCCUGUGCCACGGUCUUGCUUGUUCCACCAGACAAAACGCCAGAGAUAUUUGAAGUGCAUAGCUUACCUCAGUUGACAAUCGCAACCAGUACAGCAGCAACGCAGACGGCGUCCCCAGCAUUGAGCUGCGCCACGGCAACGUGAAAUCUUUCAAUUCUUCAGCGCAGGAGACACACAGCAAGUGCGCUUUGGUGCAAGACGCCUUCCACGCCCCAGUGUGCUACUGUCGCGACCCCGACGCCCCGGACUGGGACUUCGCGGUAUGA